AUGUUAAAUCAAGUGGACGUCAAAUUAAAGUUCUAUAGAAGUUCGCCAGAGUUUUGUUUAAUUAGUGAUGAAGCAUCACCAGCCUUCAAAAUAGAGAUAGAGGACAUUUACAUUUUAGCCAAGAAAAUACGCGUGAAUCCUGCUGUCAUUUACGGUCAUGCAGAAAUUCUAAAAACACAGAAUGCAAAAUACCCGUUCAACAGAGUAGAAUGUCGUACUCAAAGCAUACCUAGCGGAAGCUCUAGUUUCAACUAUGAGAACAUGUUCCCAGGUCAAAGACCUAAUAAGGUCGUUGUAGGCUUUGUAAAUUCAAAAGGUCUGUCUGGUGAUUAUAAACAGAAUCCUUUUAACUUUCUAAAUUGUAACAUUCGAAGCAUAUGUCUAUACUGUGACGGUUUACCAGUUAAUGGAGCUCCUCUGAAACUUGACUUCAACUCAACCACUGGCGUGACGGAUGUGCGGGCCUAUGUAAACGCAUUUACAUCUACGGGGAAAUGGAGAGAGGAUGAGGGUAGUAUGCUAACAAGAGAAGGAUUUAGCUCUGGUGUAACACUAUUCGUUUUUCAGUUGGAACCAAACUUCUCCCAUCACGGGGAGUAUUUGACACUAGCAAAGACUGGUACUGUGAAAUUGGAUGUUCAAUUUGCCAGCCCCCUUUCAGACACUGUCAGCUGUGUGGUCUUAAGCGAAAUUCCUUCUUUUUUUCAAGUGGAUUCUUCCAGAGAUAUUGUAUUGGAAUAAACAUUUAAAAAGCAAUGGAUACAUCAGAGCUUCAGUGUUGUAUUAGUUGUGAUCCUGUUCUAAGUGUAAAUGUACUAGGUGUAUAUGCCGCUGAUCAAUUACCUGUGGGCUUUUCUACUUUACCAACUGCGUUUAUAGCUAAUAGUGAUAUACAUAGCAGAGAAGGGACACAUUGGUCUGCAUUUUAUAUAGACAAAAAUAGACAAGUGGAAUUUUUUGAUUCUUAUGGUAAAAGUCCAGUCUACAAUUCUUCUUAUUUUGAUAAGUGGAUAAAGGACAAUGCAUCGAGUAUAAGAUACAAUGCCAUGCAAAUACAAAGCAAUUAUUCCAAUGUUUGUGGACUAUAUUGUUUAUUUUAUCUUCGUAAUAAAUUCAAUGGCAUGUCAUUAACAAAUAUACUCAACUUUUUUAGCCAUACUAAUUUUUCUCUUAAUGAUUAUUUUGUAUAUAAUCAUAUGUCACGCAUAUAUUCAGAUUGUUCAAAAAAUAAUUGUGUGUAUAAUCAAGUGUGUAAACCGCUAAUAAAAAUUAU